AGGGAGGGGACUCAUGUGUGGCCGCCCCACCUCCCCUCCUACCAGUAAGUCCCUCUGCCAAGCCUGCCUCCCACUGGUUUACUCAGCCCUGGAAAGCCAUUCAAAUUCCCUUUCCACGGUUUACAAGCUGUAUGACCGUGGCCAAGUCACGUAACCUCUCUGAGCCUGGGGUUCCUGCUUUCUGUCACAAGGGAGUAAUAGUAUCUCUUCCCGAGGUUGUUGGAGGAAGGCUGUAAGAUGCAUGGAGCAUCGACGGCACCUGCGAGGAAGGGGUUCUAGCUAGGCCUGAGAUAAGGGUGGACACAGACAGAAGGCAGGAAUGUCCCAGGCAGUGGUGUGGCAGUGAGGCUGAGAGAUAUCCAGAAUCGGUUUCGCUGGAACAGGUGAGCGAGAGGAUGCUGGUGGGGGGCGUGAGAAGCAUGCCCAGCCCCCUCCUGGCCUGCUGGCAGCCCAUUCUCCUGCUGGUCCUGGGCUCCGCCCUGUCAGGCUCUGCCACAGGCUGCCCGCCCCGCUGCGAGUGCUCCGCGCAGGACCGAGCAGUCCUCUGCCACCGGAAGCGCUUAGUGGUGGUGCCCGAGGGCAUCCCCACGGAGACUCGCCUGCUGGACCUGGGCAAAAACCGCAUCAAGACGCUCAACCAGGACGAGUUCGCCAGCUUCCCACACCUGGAGGAGCUGGAGCUCAAUGAGAACAUCGUGAGCGCCGUGGAGCCCGGCGCCUUCAACAACCUCUUCAACCUGCGGACGCUGGGGCUGCGCAGCAACCGCCUGAAGCUCAUCCCGCUGGGCGUCUUCACCGGCCUCAGCAACCUGACCAAGCUGGACAUCAGUGAGAACAAGAUUGUCAUCCUGCUGGACUACAUGUUCCAAGACCUGUACAACCUCAAGUCCCUGGAGGUCGGUGACAACGACCUCGUCUACAUCUCCCACCGAGCCUUCAGCGGCCUCAACAGCCUGGAGCAGCUGACCCUGGAGAAAUGCAAUCUGACCUCCAUCCCCACCGAGGCACUUUCCCACCUGCAUGGCCUCAUCGUCCUGCGGCUCCGACAUCUCAACAUCAAUGCCAUCAGGGACUACUCCUUCAAGAGGCUCUACCGACUCAAGGUCUUGGAGAUCUCCCACUGGCCCUACCUGGAUACCAUGACCCCCAACUGCCUCUACGGCCUCAACCUGACCUCCCUGUCCAUCACGCACUGCAACCUGACCGCCGUGCCCUACCUGGCCGUUCGCCAUCUGGUCUAUCUCCGCUUCCUCAAUCUUUCCUACAACCCCAUCGGCACCAUCGAAGGCUCCAUGCUGCAUGAGCUGCUGCGGUUGCAGGAGAUCCAGCUGGUGGGCGGGCAGCUGGCCGUGGUGGAGCCCUAUGCCUUCCGUGGGCUCAACUACCUACGCGUGCUCAACGUCUCUGGCAACCAGCUGACCACCCUGGAGGAGUCGGCCUUCCACUCGGUGGGCAACCUGGAGACACUCAUCCUGGACUCCAAUCCCCUGGCUUGUGACUGCCGGCUGCUGUGGGUAUUCCGGCGCCGCUGGCGGCUGAACUUCAACAGGCAGCAACCCACCUGCGCCACCCCCGAGUUCGUCCAGGGCAAGGAAUUCAAGGACUUCCCGGAUGUACUCCUACCCAACUACUUCACCUGCCGCAGGGCCCACAUCCGGGACCGCAAGGCCCAGCAGGUGUUUGUUGACGAGGGCCACACGGUGCAGUUUGUGUGCCGAGCCGAUGGCGACCCUCCACCGGCCAUCCUUUGGCUCUCACCCCGCAAGCACUUGGUCUCAGCCAAGAGCAAUGGGCGGCUCACAGUCUUCCCUGACGGCACGCUGGAGGUGCGCUACGCCCAGGUACAGGACAACGGCACGUACCUGUGCAUCGCCGCCAACGCUGGCGGCAACGACUCCAUGCCCGCCCACCUGCACGUGCGCAGCUACUCGCCCGACUGGCCCCAUCAGCCCAACAAGACGUUCGCCUUCAUCUCCAACCAGCCAGGCGAGGGAGAGGCCAACAGCACCCGCGCCACCGUGCCUUUCCCCUUCGACAUCAAGACGCUCAUCAUCGCCACCACCAUGGGCUUCAUCUCCUUCCUAGGCGUUGUCCUCUUCUGCCUGGUGCUGCUGUUUCUCUGGAGCCGGGGCAAAGGCAACACGAAGCACAACAUCGAAAUCGAGUACGUGCCCCGGAAGUCGGACGCAGGCAUCAGCUCGGCUGAUGCACCCCGCAAGUUCAACAUGAAGAUGAUAUGAGGAAGGGGCGGGGUUGGGGCCCAGGAACCCCCCCAGGGGAACACCGGGCAGGGAAGGAGCCAGGCUGCUGUCCACUCACUCCCAGGCCUUCCCCCCUCCUCCCUGCCCUCCUCACCCACUCUCCCCCUCCCUCCGCGAGCCCCUGCGGCCUCGCCAGCCCUCACCCGCCGGCCCUUCUUCUACCAGGACUUCAGAAGGCCAGGCCUGAGGACCCCACCUGCACAGGGGCCAGAGUUGACAGACGAAUCCAAAGCCGAUGAACCGACACACGGCAGAGUCAAUAAUUCAAUUAAAAAAAAAAAAAGUUACAAACUUCCUCUGUAACUUGGGUUUCAAUAAUUAUGGAUUUUUAUGAAAACUUGAAAUAAUAAAAAGAAAAAAAAACUAUUUCCUAUAGCUAGUCGGAAUGCAAACUUUUGACGUCCUGAUGGCCCGGGGCCUUCUUCCAACUCAGUUUCUUGUUUUCUCUUUCUCCUCCUCCUCUUCCUCCUUUCUCUUCUCUUCCCCUGUGGGGAGGGAUCACUCAGGAAAACAGGGAAGGAGAUUCCAGCCCCACCCUCUGGCCCACUCUGCUAGGCACCAUUUGGAGCCAUGGGUGGCAGCCCAGCUCCAGGGCCCAGCUCUAGCUUUUUGCAGGAAGUAGGGGAGGGGACAGGACUGCCCGGUGUGGGUAGGGCUUGUCUGCUGGCUGCCCAGGGGAGGUGGGGGCCAGGCUGGGGUCCUCCUCGGGGGACCAGCACAGUCAGUGGAAAGAGUCAGGAGCCAGAGGCAGGCCCGAGUCUUCUCCUCUGGUCCCAGCUCUGCUGCUCACUGUUGUGUGACUCAAGCAGGUCACUGGCCCUCUCUGGGCCUCAGUCUCCACAUCUGUACAAAUGGGAACAUUAUCCCUGCCCUGCCUACCUCACAGGGCUGUUGUGAGGAACUGAUGAGAUGAUGUAUGUGAAACACUUUGUAAUCUGUAAAGCGCUGUGCACAUGUG